AUGUCACCGCCGCCCGAGGGGGAGGGGGCGCGGGCCGAGCCGCCGGUCCCUCCCCCCGUCCGCGCGGUGGGGGGAGGGGAGAAAGCCGGGGUCGGAGGAGCGGCCCGCGGCGGGGGAAGGGGCGGAGCCUUUGAGCGUUCGGCCGGCAAAGGGCUCAGGAGGGGGCUGGGCAAGGCCUUGCUCGAGGCUGCAGCCGCGGCCGCCGGCUGGCCCCUGCAGGCCUUGGCCCCUGAGCACUGGAUGCUCAUCACCUGCCCCACCGGGGGUGUGGUCACAGAGCCUGGAGGACACCUGGUCCCCGGGACACCCACUCAUCCCUGCGGGAGCCCCCCACACCUGCCUGAAGACCCUGCCCCCCGCCAGCCAGCCCGGCCACUUCUCACGGUGCAGCCGGCUGCGGGUGCGGUGGAUGGCAUGACAGGCCCCAGGCCAGGGGGAGCCCCUGGUGGCAGCGAGGGACAGAAACGGCUGCCCUGGUGGGUCACCACUCUCUGGCCUGACGGUGCAGGGGAAGAGGGCUGGCGAGUCCAGCGGACCCUGGGAGGACACCCCCCCGGACCCCAACUGCUCGGGGAGCCUGAGGGUGUGGCGGGGAGGAAGGCCUUCAGCUCUGGUGGCCGUGUGGGGGACGCCCUGGUCAUCGCUGAUGAAGUCGCCCCACCCUCGACGGGAGCGGAAGCCUUCCGCAGGCCCGUGUGCGUGCGUGCGUGCGUCAGCGACCUGGGACACCAGCCGCUUGCAAACAUCCUAAAGAAACACACGGGUGGGACCUGCUCCCUUUCAGCCUCGCCGAGCAAGGUGCCCAGUGGAGCGGGCGAGCCCAGGCAGGCCGGGGCUCCAGGCCAGGAGGACGGAGCAGAGCCGGAUGGUGGUGGCAGUGCUGCUGGCAGGGGGACCUGGCCGCAGAGGGAAGACAGGCUCCCUGUGCCUGCAGCUGAGGGUGAAGUCAUGGCUGCUGUGAGCUGGCCUGAGCCCUCCCAGCAGACAGGCGCCCAGCGCGGAUCUCCCCACGUGGCCUGGUGUGACUACCCUGAGGAGCCCGGCCCCCAGCGGAAGGCCUGCAGCCUCCUGGUGUGUUUGACAGACGAGGAGGCCAAGGAUGGGGACAGCUCGGUGUCGUCGGGCUGCCUCUCCGGCUCCUCGGGGGGCCAUGAGUCAUGCACGCCUCCCCACGGGACCUGGAAGGAGAGGACCCUCCUGGUGCUGGGGCCCCCGCAGCAGCCCAGGGAGAGCACUCCCCGACUGGAGCAGCUGAGGGACAAGAUCCGGGCCCAGGCACGGUGGCAGGCGAGCUGCACCUCCCUGGGCACCUCGGCACCCGCCAGCGCCUCAUGUCUCUACAAAGCCCCCACGCCAGCCCCCCGGAGGAAGGCCCGAAAGCCGACACACCCCGCUCCAGCCCUGGCCUACCCAGGCUCAGGCACCCUGAGUGGGGCUGAAAGUGGAGUCAAAGACAAGGCAACACCUGGCCAGGGGCGUGAGGCCUCCAGGGUCUCCCAGCGGCAGGCCUCAGUUCCACGGGAAAAAACCAAAAGGAUGAAAAGUAGUUCUUGCAAAAGAGAGAAGACCUCCAAGCUGCCCACCCCUAGGAGAACUGCCAAAGACACAGGUAGCAUUGGCCCAUUCGGGGCCAGGCAGGGCGUGGGGACAGGAGGUUACCAUCCAGGCUCAGGAGGUGGGCACAUGGCUUGUUUCUGGAGCCAGGACGGCUGGUGCGGCCCUGGCUCCGCCUCGGAAAGGCGACGGCUCCAGCAGGAGAAACACCUGUCCUCCUCCUCUGGCUGGAGGUGGGCCCUGAGCGAGGUGGGGACGUGUCGGGAAAACCUCCACUGGAACCAGAAUUCUGAGUUGGUUGGUGUUUACACUUUGAGAAAAGGACUAGCUCUGGUGAGGGUGCUGUUUGGGCCCCCUCCUUCCCUCCCUAGGCUUCAGAGCAAGGCACCCUCAAGAGGCCGGGCCCCCACCGCAGAAUUAGGACACAGCAAGAAGUCGGGAGCUGGUGAGAGUUCCCCUGUCCGCCCCCGGCUGCCUAGAUCAACCUCUGCCCACAGCGACCCGCAGGUGUCAACCAAUGCUCCCCACCUGGCUUCCUGCCAUCAGCCCAUGAACAUCCAGGCUGCUCUGGCCAUCCUUCGAGACCUCCGCCAGCAAACCCAGGCCAGGCUGGAGCUGGCCCAGGACCACCACCCAAGGCGAGGGCUGGAGCCGCGGGACCUGGCGGGGAGGAGGUGGCAGAGCCCCUGGAAGCUCCCAGACUUGCGGGGCUCCUGGAAGAGCCCUCGGGCCGUGACGGAGGGGGUGCCUGCCUCCGAGAGGGCUGGGAGCCUGCCCACGGCGCCGAGCUGGAGUACCUUGGCCAGGUGGGAGUCCUGUCCGCAGAGGACCUGGGCGGCCCAAGGACGAGAUCCCUCCUUCCGGGGACCCAGGAGCCCCACAGAGAGGCUGAACUCCUUCCCUCAGCGGCCCUGGAGCGCCUCGGCCAGGCGGGCCUCCUGUCCACAGAAGACCUGGGCAGCCCAAGGACGGGACUGCUCUUUACGGGGGCCCGCGAGCCCCCCUGAAAGAUGGGGCCCCUUCCUGCAGCGUCCCCGGAGCACCUCGUCCGGGCAGGCCUGGGGUCUGCAGAGGGCCUGGACCGCUUGUGAAGACCGGGAGGGCUCCGCCCAAAGGCCCUGGAGCCCCGCCUUCCCGCAGGGGGCCGGCCCCCUGUGCCAGGGCAGGGGUCCACUGCUGACCCCCGCGGGGGCGAAGCUCGCCUGGCCAAGGCCCAGCCAGGGCGCCCUUUGGAACGUGCCUGGGAAGGAGAAUGAGGUGCGAUCCCCGCCGCCCUGCCCGAAGCCCCAGGGGCCCCUCCACGGCUCCGAGUCCCUGCGGGAGUUCAUGCGUCAGAAGACGGAGGCCCUAAAGAAAAAGGCCUCCGCCACGCAAGCGCUGGAGCUCAGAAACCAGAGGCUGCAGGGCGUCUACAGGAAGCAGAGGGAGGCCGUCCCCGUGGUCUCCCAGACGACGCCCGGCAUCGUGACCUUCGUCCCGCAUUCUGCACAGUCCAGGGGCCUGGAAGCCGCCGGGGGCCCAGGAGCGCCUGUGCCGCAGUGGAGCAGGGUGACUUCCGGCAUGGUGCUGGGGGACCAGGGCGCCCCGGGCAGCUUCUGCCUGUGUUUGAACAGAGCCUUGAACCCGUCCGAGACUCUGGAGGUGGGAGGCCCCCGAGAUGGCUGGGAGGGCGCCCCCCUGCUGACGUCGGCCAGUUCUUCCCUGGGCCCCCCGCAACUCCAGGACCUGACCACCCACUACUCAAGCCCGGGGCUGUGCAUCUACCUGGACCCCGAGGAGUCCGAACGCCUGGGCACGCCGGGCCCCCUGCACUUCCGGUACAAGCAGGCCCGGCUGCAGGCCCUGGAGACCAUGGCUAACAUCCUGAAGCAGCGAAUCGACGUCCUGACCGACAGGCUGAGCAGGUCCGAGGCAACGGACGCAGCAGGGGGGCCGGUCCCAGGCCCGCCGCCCUCGAGCUCCAGCACACCAGCCUGCCCCAGAGCCCUGGCACCCGACGUGGGCGGAGGGGCACCCUGGGGCUGGGUGGGCAUGCGGGCCAGGCCGCUUCUCUCUACCACCUGCUUCCCGGACACUGAGACGCUGCCCUGGAGCCCUGGCUGGGAACAGCUGCAGAGCGUCAGCCCAAGGGGCCACCAGGCCAGCAAGCCCCAAGGUUUCGUGGAGGAUGGGCGCUCGGAGCUGGGCAAGAGGCAGGCGAGAACCCUGGCUUCCUUCCAGGCCCUCAGCCCCUUCACAGGGAGCUCACUCGGGGCGCCAGCCGUGCCAGACCCCCGCUGCGGCUCCCUGCGGCUGGAAGAGAUGCGGUCGGCCAGAGGGGCGGGCUUGGUCGCGCCCUGGACCCUCCGGAGCUGCGGUAAGGGCGAGCCCGUGGACAGGCCCUGGGCCGGCUGGUUGGGUGGCCAGGGAGGAACUUGGGAGUCUGGCUUUCGUGGCAGCUCCGGCUCCUGGAACAGUGCCUGCCAGGCCGGGAGUCUGCUGUCCGACAUCUGGCAGAAGUCCCUGAGCUUUCUGGAGUCCCUGAAGCUGGGCGAGCGGAAGCAGGAACAGACGCUGGCCCUUCUGCGGCAGCAGGCGGAGCUGGAGGUCUGGGAGACGCAGAGGCCCUGGGGGAGCUGCUCUUGA